UUUUUUCUUAUUUUAGGAAAAAGUAGAAAGCCAAGAAAUCCACUUCAAUGGCUCAUAUUUUAGUUCUCGACUCUGAUCAAGAUGUCUUCAUUUGUGGUUGUUGUAAGACUGUUUUCUACUCUUUGCAAUUGUUUACAAAUCACAAAGGUCAGCGAUGUGUCAAAGAUAAUCAAUCACAAUUGAUAGAUCCUCCAAAUAAAGCGUCACCUAAAUGUGGUGCAACAAUCGACACAUCAAAUGAAAAUAAGGCGAUAAAGGAUAUGACAUGUAAUAAAUGUAGUAAAAAAUUUAAGAAAAUUAACACUUUACUAGCGCAUAUGAAGACACACAGUGAGAAACCAUAUCAAUGUCAAAUUUGUGGUCGAUGUUUUAUACAGAAUUCUCAUUUGCAAAGACACAUUAAGUGCCAUAGAGUGUGGCCAGAAGGACUUAGUGGUACUACUGCCAAAUCUACAGAAGUAGAUCUUUUGAGUUAUUCAUGUUCAUAUUGUGAUAUGGUACUGUCUAGUUAUAUACAGUUUAGAGCACAUUUAAAGAAUCAUUUGUCAUUAAAGAAAUUUAAAUGUAUACAAGAUGGAUGUGUUAGUUUCUAUGAUAGUAUUGAAAAUUUACUUAAUCAUGUGACAAUUGAUCACAAAAGUCCAAAGUAUUCAUGCCAUAAUCCCACAUGCAAUAAUGUGUUUAACUCUUUGGAACAAAUUGCAAUACAUUAUCAAAAUCAUAGUGAAUGCAGAACUGAAGCAUGUAGCACCAUUCCCAAAAAAUAUAAAUGUUUACAAUGUGAUGCUUCAUUUAGGAGAUUGGAGAAGUUGUCCUUACAUAUGCUCACAGAAAGUCACAAAAAGACAUGUAUUCACUGUGGAAAUACAUUUGCAAGUGACAAAAGAUUAAGACUCCACUUGCAGGUACAUAGAAAAUUAAAACCAUUUCAGUGUAAUAUAUGCAAUAGCAGUUUUCAUAUGAAAAAAUAUUUAUCAGUUCAUAUGUUAAAACAUGGUGACAGACAAUAUCCAUGUAGUAUUUGUAGCCAUACAUUUAAGAGAUCAGAUUUACUGCAACGGCAUAUGAAAAUACAUCAGUUAAGGAGAACAUUUACUUGUCCAUUUAGGGACACAUUAAACUGCAAGAAAGAAUUUAGCAGAAGUGACAAAUUAAAAACACAUAUUAAACUUCAUACAAAACAUAUGCCAAUAUGUUCUACUCAACAUAAAGAGUUGAAUGAUAAUGAAGCAGGCACUGUAGAGAUAUGUAUAUUACCUUUAGAUCACAAGAAUAGUAUUAAGUAGCUUUAAAAGGGCUAGAUUUUUUCUGUUUAAGUGUAUAAAAUAUUUAUAUAAUUGUUGUAACUACUUUAUGUAUUGAAUUAUUUUAUAUUAAUUUAAAAGCUAUUAAUAUUUUAUAAACAAAAUUAUUUAAAAGGUUAAAACUAAAUGUUUCAUU